GUCGUACCUGUGGAUAUAACUCGACCUAGAGCAUUACGAACUUCCACUGACGCUGGUGAUGCUGGAGCUCAGACAGCGACAAGCACAAGUUCAUGGGGCUGCGGCCAUCGUCUCUGGUCAAGCCUAAGAUAUCCAUGACAUGGGUGCUGAAAGGUGACCACUCCACCGAGCCGCUCAGACCGCCCUCUCAGACCAAGAAUAGGGAGCCUUCAGACGGGCCGAAGAACCCUGACUUGACGACCAUAGAUGGAGGACGACGCCGAGAGAAGAGAUCUCACCCCAGGAGGCCACGGCGGCCGAGGUCCAAGGCACACAACCCUUCCAGGUUUGGCUACGAGAUCACCGACGUUGAUGCCUUCCUCAGCAAGGCAUCCCUGGACAACCCAGGCAACAUCCCCGUUGUUUUGUCCUCGCCCUGUCUUCUCUACCAGACACGUCUGGGUGGACACCAGGAGGAACUCUCCCUGCCGCUGGGGAUGGUCGUCAACGCUGUAUUCAAAAACCAAGGAUGGCUAUACGUGCAGACACCUCACGGAGAGGAGGGUUAUGUCCGCUACGCCGCUUGCCUCCCCUUGGGUAUUUUACCACCAAGGACACCAGCGCCAUGCUGGGAGACACACACUGACAUUUUCCCCAUGCCACUAGGAAACCGCACGGACGUGGACAAGGUCCGCAGUGGUACCAGAUCCGAAUGUGGCGGGGUGCGGACCAAGAAGCACGACGGACGAGACACGAUGUCGGCGUGUGGAGAGCGGAGUGUAGACAAGCUGUAUCUCCGAGCAACGUCUGCAAGAGCGAGGGCGGGGGCUGCCGCUACCACCAGACAUACGCUUUUAGUUUGCAGUAGUGACUAUGAGGCGCGCGGACGCAGCACACUGACCGUCUCUAAGGGAGACGUCGUGGCCCUUAUCAGCGGACAUGUCAAGGACUGGUUCUACGUCAAAGAUAGACAGGGCCAGGAAGGGUUCAUCCCUGCAGCAGUCGCCGGCCACGGGUUCCUAUGAGUAGGAAAGAAAUGUCGAAUCUAGGACAAGUAGUAUGUUCAUUCUGGGACAUAGUACGACAAUGAUAUUCUUAGUCAAGCCUUGUACGUUACUUUCAACUUAAAAUUGACAUGUAUAUAUAGAUUAAGCUGUAAAUUAGUGACUGUAUUUAAAAUAAUUUCUUGAAAUGUUAUUGUUAGCUCUUGUUUAGAAACAAGAUUUUAAAAAUAAUAAGUUUUCGGUCAAAUAGCUACUCGUUUACAGAACAUAUUCCCAUUAUAGUCAUAAACAUAUCUUUAUAAGUCUGGUGAUUAAAAUAUACUAGUGAACCUGUGCGGCUCAAUGCCCCGCAAAAUAACAUAUGAAUUUAGAAAACAAAUUCAUCGUGUUAUAUAUUUGUAUCGAAUUUACUCGACGUCGAAAAUUAAAUACAGUAAUAAUAAAGCCUUAGAAGGGAAGCAGUCCAGCCAUUUUCUAGCUGUAUGUGUAUUACAUUUAGUAAAUUAAUAAGUGUUCAAGUUCAAGUGUGUUCCUAGUUAUUUUUUAAAGAUUUUUAAAACACAUUUAACAAAACAUUUGAUCAUAUCAAACCAAUAGGCCUAUGAAGCAUAUUUUGAGGGUAUUACAAUGCUGUUUGAAGAAUAUACUUUAAAAAUAAACACUAAAAAAACAAUAUGUUAAUCACAAAAGCACUUCCACGAAUACUACGAUUUUAGUCUUAAAGUUGCCUUCAGGAAGAUUACCCUGGUCAGAAUUUUCCGUAAUGAAUAUGUUUUUGCCAAAGAUAACAUAAAUUAGCAUUUUUCCAUUUUAAAAGGUAACUUAAGUUUGUUUCAGACGGGCACAUUUUUAUCCUCGAAAUCAAAAUAUGUCCCCACUUACUUGUCCCAGUUAAGACUUUACAUUCUAUUAAGUUGUUAACCAUUCUGAUCACAUGAAGCCUUGUGCCAUUAAAAUGAGGACCAUUUUUAUGUAUUAAUAUUCCACAUCAAUAAAACCACUGCCCCAUUUUAUUAGUCUAAUCUGUGUCUUGGCAAUCCACUGACCUCUAUAUUUAAAAACUCAGUUGGAUUUCUAGAUGGGUGUCUCCGCCUUCGUCUGUUUUCGAGGACCCACUCUUCUUCCUCUUGGCAUACUGACAAAUUACCUAACUUGUCAAGUUCAUGUACUAAUUCAUUAAUACUGUUAGUUUAUAAAGAAAAUUAGAUAAAAGUUACUUGGCUCGGUGCUUUCAUAACUGCAAACUCAAAAUACACCCAGAAGUAAAAAAGACUCAAGUUAUUGGUUAAAAAAACUAUGUUUGUGUAACAACAUUAUUCACAUGAAGUAGAUGAUUUUUUUAUUUGUCAAUCAGCUGUUUUGUUUAAAAUGAUUUAAUAAUGUCAAAGAUUUGUGAUUUUAAAUAUAUAAAUUAUUAUAGUAAAGUUUUCUAAAUCAUGGUAACUUAUUCUCAACUAAAUUUGACUAUUCCCAGCAUUAAAAUAAAGUAGGGC